UCCAUGCCCCACAUCUUUUGCCUUUCAAAUAUUCCCUCCUCAUAUACAAAUAAAUGCCACCUAUUGAUUCUUCUCUCAUACUGUCGACUAUUUCCAUCUCUUGGUGUCUCUUCUCCUCUCUCUCUCUCUCUCUCCAAUGGUUCCAGAGUUAGAGAAACCAAGAGUUACAGAGAUACAAGUCCGAAUGGACUGUAACGGGUGUGUGCAGAAGAUCAAGAAGGCAUUGCACGGUGUAAAUGGUAUAUAUGAUCUCUACAUUGACGUUCCCCAACAGAAGUUGACAAUAAUUGGAUGGGCAGAUCCUGAAAAAAUAGUUAAAGCAAUUAGGAAAACUAGAAAGAUUGCCACUAUAUGUUCCCAUACCGAGCCAUCAGACCAACCAGCAGAAGCACCCCAACAGCCACCUGAAGGCGGUACACCACCACCAGCUGCUGAAGCAGCUAAUCCUCCUCCAGCAGAAGCUCCACCAGCUGAAGCAGUUCCGCCAGCAGAGCCACCGAAAGACCCACCACCGCCUGAGAAUCCACCACCUGAGGAGAAACCAUCACCAUCACCUGUUGCUGCAGAAGUAAAUGGAAACCAGCCUGCACAAGCACCUGGACCAAAAGAUGUGGGAGAAGUUCAUGUCAUAUAUCAUCAUCCACCUGAUUAUGGGUACAGAUAUGGCUAUGGUCAUAGCUAUGGUGGUCAAUGUGGCAGAUACCCUAACGUCUAUGGACUUCCAACAGAACCUAGAUACGCUAAUAGCCAUGGACCUCCACCCGAACCUAGAUAUCCUACUGGCCAUGGACUUCCACCAGAGCCACCACAGCCCAUCUAUGUGAGUCACAGCUACAACACAUACAGGCCAUCUCCAUAUGUCACUGAAUAUGAGUAUGUCAGGUCUCCCCCACACCAAACAAUUUACAAUAGGAUGGACCAUUAUAAUGAAGAUUAUCAUGAGAAUACUCGCAAUGGAAACAUCACAUCCAUCUUCAGUGAUGAAAACCCAAAUGCAUGUAGAAUAGCGUGAAAGGUUCACAAAGAUUGCCAAGAGGAACGAGGCACUUUGUUAUGCCUCUGGAAAAGAGAAAACAUGAUCAAGAAUAAUCAGAAAAAAAUAAUAGAAUCUGGUCACAGUAUUAUUUCCUAAUAAGCAUGUGAAAAUGUUUGAGGGAAGAAUGAGAUUCCAAGAUUGUUAGUGCGGGAAGAAUUGAUUCCACAUUGCACUUUAGAAGAAGGUUGAUAAUACAUACUACCUGCUAUGCAAUUCUUGUAGAAAAAUCAUAUAAAAGAAUUAAUUAUAUUCUAAAACCAUGCUUUCUCAGCCUUCCAUUUUUGACAAACACCGUCUCCUGUAUU